CUACUUAUUAUGUAGUCUUGACUAUAAAUAAAUAAUAAUGUAGUGACAGUAAAGAGCGGCAGAAAUACAUAACGUUUAGUUCAACGAUAGUCACGGUUGCUGCAAUACAUUAAAAUGGUGUCAUUUAAAUUGAGCGGGGUAGUGCCCCCGGUGUUCACGCCGCUGAAUGAUGACCAGACCAUCAACUUCGAAGUCAUUCCGGGAUACGCCCAGUUUCUGGCUAAGGCUGGGAUCAAGGGGGUCUUGGUGGGCGGCACAACCGGGGAGAACAUGACCCGCACGGUGGCGGAUCGGAAGCGGGUGAUCGACGCGUGGGUGGCGGCGGGGAAGGCAAACGGACUGCAUAUAAUGGUGCAGGUGGGCGGGGCGCCGCUCAUGGACGUGGUUGAGCUGGCCCGCUACAGCGCAUCAGCCGGUGUGGACUCACUCCUGACGCUGCCGGAGCUGUACUUCAAGCCCACCAACGUGGCGGAGCUCGUGGACUACGUGGCGCUGGUGGCGGCGGCCGCGCCCACCCUGCCCGUGCUCUACUACCACAUACCCAGGAUGAAUGGCGUCCCAGUGAACAUGCCAGCGUUCGUGACGGCGGCCACAGCGCAGAUCCCCAACUUCAGGGGGCUGAAGUUCACCAGCAACGACCUGGCCGAGGCCAAGGAGACCCUGAAGAGGCUGACGGGCGACCAGCAGAUCUUCUUGGGGGCUGAUUCGCUGCAAGCGCCAGCAGCGCUCCUGGGCAUCAAGUCAGCGAUCGGCACGUUCUACAACAUCGCGCCGCAACUGCCUCUGCAGAUCUACCAGGCCAUGGAGGCCGGUGACGUGGCCACGGCGAAGGCUCUGCAGGAGAAGCUCAGCUUGGCUGUUGAAGCUAUUAGCGUUGAAGGCAGCUGGGUCCCUGUGAUGAAGGCUGCCAUGGAGAUGGUGACUGGUCUCAAGAUGGGCCCCCCUUCUCUACCCCUUAGACCCAUUUCUGCUGAAGCCAGGAAGAGGAUACAAGAGCGACUGACCAAGCAGGGAUUCUGUGCGAAGUGAAAUUCAUGUUGUAAAUACUGUUAAGUAAUACAGUUGCUGUUUAAGAUUCUGCCUACGUGUCAUCUCUUUGUUAAUUCGGCAGUUACUAAGUACCUACUUAGCUAUACUUAAAUAAAAAGUAUUUGGAAGUA